UGAGCGAGCAUCCUCGGGGAGAAGACACUGUCCUGCCGGAAGACCCGGCCGUCCUGAGCCCUACCAGCUUCUGCCCUACAGAUUGACUCUCUAGGCUUUCCGUUUCCUUCAGCAGGGAGGGUGGAACUUCCUGCUGUCGCUCGCAGGAACUUCCGGGAAGUCCCGAAGGGCUGAAAAUAACUCGACACGCCGAACUGCCGGCCGUUAGAGGCCAUAAAAAAGAGGACGUGAACUUGGGUUUCCACCGGGGCAGUUGUAAAAUCUCCGUUUUCCGGUUAUGGUGUCCUGCGCACCAUCCUGAGCUGUCGCCCUGGGAACCGCCGGAAGUAUCUCCACGGAGAACCAGGAAGUCCCGCCUCUUCCUCCCAGAGGGAAGACGGUGAGCCGGAGGAGUCAGUCAGAGGGCCGAGCAGGAGCGAUUUCCCCGACAAACAGAUUAUAAGUUCUAGUUAAAUUCAACUUUGACAGAAGAAGCAUCACCAGAACUUUAUUAAGAAUGGAUUCUGAUAAUAAACAUGAAAAUGACGAGGAUGAGGAAGCAAGAGACAUGAAAAGCGUUUCAUCCCAUGAUGCCAGUUGUGGGCAUAGCAAAUCUGAUGGCAUAGCAAAUGCCUCUGAGAAUUGUACAAAUAAAAGGCGUUUGUCAGAAUCAUCCAGCUUGGACAGUGUUGCUGUGGAGGAAGACAGAAGUGAACUUGCUUCCAAACGGAUGAGAAUAGAGGCGGUGGUGCCCCUCGAGACGGAAGAGCAGGGCACCUGUAUGUUGGACACUGGGGAAGCUAGUGUCCAUUCAGCUGAAGCAGAGAAGGAGGCCUUUUCCACCAUCAGCUCAGAUGGAGGCAGAGCCCUUCCCAGUGACUUCUCCCCAUCCUGUGAUUUUAGCACGUUUGAUACGCUUCCUUUGAAAGCAGAUGCAGUGAGAAAGCCUGCUCAGGAAAUGGUUUCCCUUGCUCCUGAAAGACACACUCCUUUUCCUCCAGAAGAAAUGAGCGUUAGUUGUAGUUUUGGAAAUGCAGAGACUGUUCUCAAGUGCAGCAUGUGUGGCCAUUCUUUUUCCUCUUGCUCUGCUUUGGAGAACCACGUGGAAUGUCACAUGGAGCAAGACAAGGAAUGCUCCUGCUGCCACUGUAGCCACAGAGUAGAGAGCAGCUCGUCUUCUCCUCCCGUGCAUGUCAAACAUACCCAUGGGCCACAGAAAAUCUUCUCCUGUGAUCUCUGUGGCUUUCAGUGUGCUGAAGAAAACCUCUUGAAUGCACAUUAUCUUGGCAAAACACAUCUUCGGCGUCAGAAUCUUGCUGCUCGUGGAGGAUUUGUACAAAUCUUAACAAAACAACCUUUUCCUAAAAAAGCCUGUGUCAUGGGAACAAAGAAUGUUAGAACAAAACCAAGAGCUUCUAAACCAAUAGCAAGGAAUGGGGAUUCAAAAGGCGUGCAGAGUACUGGGAACAAAUUUAAAGCCUGCAGAGGAGCCCCUUCUGAACAUAGUGGUGGGAGGAGUGAGCUGCUUGUCCAAAUGGUGCCAUCUAGGAAUACCUCAUCAGGGAAAGGAGAAAUUGUUGAGGAAAAUGCUACUUUUGGUGUAGUUCAAAAUCCUGAAAAUCAGAAUAAACAGCUAGGGGGCUUAGUAAGCUCAGAGGGUCUUUUAGGUAAGUCGGAAUCCAUCAAAAAUACCCUCCAGAUAGCUCAUAUUAGUAUCAGCACCACCUCGAGGCCAAGAUCUGAGCGAAAUAUCCUAAUGUUGGGUAACAGCUUUCGCCGACGAAGUGGCACUUUUACUUUAAAGGGCCAGGCAAAGAAAAGGUAUAAUCUUCUAGGAAUUAAUAAAAGGAGUGCAAGUGAAACUCAGAGGAUGUAUAUGAAACACUUUAGAACACAGAUAAAAACAAAUGACGCACAGCCACUGUUGGAACAAAUACAAAUGAGCAAGGAUGUCCAGAGUCUGUGUGUGACUACCUCAGAUGACCCAGAAGUGAUGCAGGACAAGACAGCUUCCUGUUUUUCAGGCUCCACACAGCUUGGCUCCCUGCCAGUCAAGCCAGCUUCUGACCGCCAGGUCCUGUGUACCUCUCCAGAGUGUGGUCAUAUAGCCGCAGAAAAGACAGACUUGGAAACUCAUGAUAAAGGGUGCCAUGCAAGAGAGAUGCAGUUUCACUGUCAGACUUGUAACUUUUCUAGUCCAUCAAGGAAAGACUUAGAGAAACACUUGCACAGUAAUCAGCAUCAGAACAUGACUCCUGUCCUCAGCUGUCAGUGUUGUUCCUUCAUUUCCUUGAAUGAAAUGAAUCUUAGAGAGCAUAUGAAGGAAAAGCAUAGCAUGGGCUUUUUUUGCACCUCUUGUAAUAUGUUCUUGUCUGAGAAAGAUGUGGAAGAACACAGAGCAACUGAGAUGCAUAAUAACUUAGUGGUUCAACCAAAGACGGCUUCUGUUUCACCUUUAAGUACUUUAGAAUCAGAAAACAUGGAAGAUUCUAGAGAAGAGUCAGGGAAAGCAGCUAAGGUGGAUCCCGCUGAGUUGAGGGUAAGCCAUGGAACUGAAGCAAGGCAUUCAAGUAAGCCUCAAUUUCAGUGUAAGAAGUGCUUUUAUAAAACAAGGUCUUCCACUGUCCUUACAAGACACAUAAAGCUUCGGCAUGGCCAAGACUACCACUUCCUUUGUAAAGCAUGUAAUCUGUAUUCACUGAGCAAGGAAGGAAUGGAGAAGCACAUUAAAAGAAGCAAACAUCUUGAAAAUGCUAAGAAAAAUAAUAUUGGUUUAAGUUUUGAAGAGUGCAUUGAAAGGGUAUGCAUAGGUGCAAAUGAUAAAAAAGAGGAGUCUAUCAUUUCCGGAAGUGGAAGGCCCGAAGGCCAUGUCGGUGUGCGAUUACAGGAGCAUUCCUGUCGUGAUCAGAGCUUGCUAACUCCUAAGGAACUGCCACAGUCUGGUGUCAUCACCAAAGAUGAUGAAUUAGCCUUAGGCACUACUCCAAAGAGAGGGAGACCCAAAGGCAGCAUUUCACGGACUUGUUCACACUGUGGACUUUUGGCCUCUAGUAUUACAAAUUUGACUGUGCACAUCAGGCGUAAACACAGCCACCAGUAUAGUUAUUUAUGCAAAGUAUGUAAGUAUUAUACUGUAACUAAAGGAGAUAUGGAACGUCAUUGCGCCACCAAGAAACAUAAAGGACGGGUAGAAAUAGAAGCAAAUGGGAAACAGAGUUCAGAUAUAAUUGUUGGCCCAGAAGGGAGUAAUCUUGAAGCGUGUAAAAAGAAUGCCCCUCUAGCAGUGACUGUGUCCGACGAACAGGCUCACAAGUCCACUGAGUCAGAUACAUCUACUUUAGAUAAGCCAGUGGUUGAUUGUGCGAAUGCAGUAGAAGUUGAAGCUGAAAGUGUAUUUCAUUCUGUAGAUGGAGAAGUUAGCAGUCGACUUUCUGAUAAAAGGGGACAGAUAUCUCUAGAGACAGAGGACCUUCUACAGCAGAAUGAUGCAUGCUCUCAGAGAGAUGUUGCAGGUUCAAGUGACAAUAAAUGUGUACACUGUGAGUUCAGUGCUCACUCUGCUGCGUCACUAGAGCUGCACGUGAAAAGGAAGCACACCAAAGAGUUUGAGUUCUAUUGCAUGGCCUGUGAUUAUUAUGCAGUGACUCGCAGAGAAAUGACGAGGCAUGCUGCAACAGAGAAGCAUAAAAUGAAAAGACAGUCUUACCUCAACUCUUCCAGUGUGGAAGCAGGUUCUUCAGAAAUGUCCAAAAGCAUCCUUAUAAGUGAAGAGGAGCAUUCACAAAACCCCGAGGAAUUUAAAAUACCACCAGACCAGUCAUGCCGUACUCUCAAAUCUGGAAAUGCUGCAGACUGUUCUGCUUUAGAUGAGAAUACUAAUUUAGAUAUGUCUAAAGUACUCUGUGCUGCUGACUCAGUGGAGAUUGUGACUGAGGAAGAUCAUUCCUUUUGUGAGACCUUGCAACAGCCCCUUGCUAAGGACAAAAGUAUGAAACCCGGAGAGAUAGUGUCCCUUAGUACUUCCUCUGAUCAUGGCUUCCCAGGCUGUCUCCAGAGUGAUAAUCCAGGAAGCUCUGCUGUGGAAUGUGAGACAGCAAAGAAAAACCAGGGCAUGUUGAAUGACGUUGGUGACCCAAGUACAUACUGUGAAGAUGAGGGAGGCAGCGCUGAUGAUAGUAGAGGUAAAGUUCUUGACAAGUCCCUCUAUUCUGGAGACUUAGGUGGGGGCCAUUCAGCUGAAUCUACUUCCCCUGUUGUGCUGAAAAUAUCAAGAGAGCACCUGGAUGGUGGUGGUCAGAACAAAGUUGGAUGUGAACAGAGUUCUGAAAAUUUGAAAGAUGUGAAUGCAUCUGUUGUCGAGAAGAAGGAAAUUCUGAUGAAUUCGCAACAUGGAACUGAAAUUGUUUUGGAAGAGGAUGGCCCAGCUUCUGAUGACACAGUUGACAGUAAUGAUGUUUAUGAAACUAUAAUAAGUGUUGACGAUAAAGGGCAAACCAUGUACAGUUUUGGCCGGUUUGAUUCUUCCAUAAUUAGAAUAAAAACUUCUGAGGAUGGUGAAUUAGUAGAUCAAUCGGAAGAAGGUCUAAUGGCAACAGGGGCGAGAGUUAGUGAAUUACCCCUAAAGGAUGGCGCUCAAGGCUUGAAAAGGAGGAAAGUUGAAGGCAGUUCCUUCGGCGAGUCCACACGAAUCCGAUGUGAUGAUUGUGGUUUCUUAGCAGAUGGACUGAGUGGGCUGAAUGUUCACAUAGCCAUGAAGCAUCCUACAAAAGAGAAACACUUUCAUUGUUUACUUUGUGGAAAAUCAUUCUACACUGAGAGCAACCUUCAUCAGCAUUUGGCUAGUGCUGGUCAUAUGAGAAAUGAACAAGCCAGUGUAGAAGAGCUGCCAGAGGGAGGGGCCACCUUCAAAUGUGUCAAGUGUACAGAGCCCUUUGAUUCAGAACAGAAUUUAUUUCUGCAUAUUAAAGGACAACACGAGGAAUUGCUACGAGAGGUGAAUAAGUACAUAGUGGAAGACACCGAGCAAAUCAAUCGAGAGAGAGAAGAAAACCAGGGAAAUAUCUGCAAGUACUGUGGGAAGAUGUGUCGGAGUAGCAAUUCCAUGGCCUUCCUGGCUCACAUUCGGACUCAUACAGGAUCAAAACCAUUCAAGUGCAAGAUAUGCCAUUUUGCCACAGCUCAGCUCGGAGAUGCCAGAAACCAUGUGAAAAGGCACCUUGGGAUGAGGGAGUACAAGUGUCACGUCUGUGGGGUUGCUUUUGUAAUGAAGAAGCACUUAAAUACUCACCUACUGGGCAAGCAUGGAGUUGGCACCCCAAAAGAAAGGAAAUUUACAUGCCACUUAUGUGAUAGAAGUUUCACAGAGAAGUGGGCCUUGAACAACCACAUGAAACUCCACACGGGAGAAAAGCCUUUUAAGUGCACCUGGCCCACAUGUCACUACUCAUUCCUCACGGCCUCAGCGAUGAAAGACCACUACAGGACGCACACAGGCGAGAAGUCAUUUCUCUGUGACCUCUGUGGCUUCGCUGGUGGGACUCGGCACGCCCUCACCAAACACCGCCGGCAGCACACAGGGGAGAAGCCUUUCAAAUGUGAUGAGUGUAACUUCGCCUCUACAACCCAGUCACACUUGACUCGUCAUAAGCGUGUGCAUACUGGAGAGAAGCCCUACAGGUGCCCUUGGUGUGACUACAGGUCAAACUGUGCUGAGAACAUCCGCAAACACAUUCUACACACUGGCAAACAUGAGGGUGUCAAGAUGUACAACUGCCCAAAAUGUGACUAUGGGACAAACGUCCCCGUGGAAUUCCGAAACCACUUGAAAGAGCAGCAUCCUGACAUUGAGAACCCUGACCUCGCAUACUUGCAUGCCGGCAUCGUGUCCAAGUCCUACGAGUGCCGUCUGAAAGGACAAGGAGCCACCUUUGUGGAGACAGACAGCCCCUUCACUGCAGCCACGCUGCCAGAGGAGUCACCUGUCAAGGAGAAGUCUCUGAGGAGCAGCAAGAGGCAGGCUUCACCCCCUGCGCAGGUCCAGCAGGUCAUCAUCAUCCAGGGCUAUGAUGGGGAGUUUGCCCUGGAUGCCUCCGUGGAGGAGACUGCUGCGGCCACACUGCAGACCCUGGCAAUGGCUGGCCAGGUGGCCAGGGUGGUCCACAUCACAGAACAUGGGCAGGUCAUUGCCACAAGUCAGAAUGGGUCUCAUGUGGGCAGUGUGGCCCCUGGGCCCAUCCUCCCGGAGCAGCUGGCAGAUGGAGCCACCCAAGUGGUUGUCAUGGGGGGCUCUAUGGAAAGCCAUAGUGUGGAUGAGGCCCUUAGUCCGGGUGGUGCUGUGAUACAGCAGGUUACCAAGCAGGAGAUCUUAAGUCUCUCAGAGGCUGCAGUCCCUCCGUCUGACACCUCCUCAGCCUUAGAUGCACUACUGUGUGCUGUCACUGAGCUGGGAGAGGUGGAGGACAGGGCAGGGCCCGAGGAAAAGGGCAGGCCCAGCCACAAGGAUGUCCUAAUCCAGCUGCCCAGCCAGGAAGCAACCCAUGCUCAUGCCAACACAGAGGCCACAGAGACCCAGUUCCAAGAUGCUCAGGAGAGUCCAGCAGCCAUGGAAGUGCUGACACAGGUUGUCCGGCCCUCGGCCAUCAUCACGUCUCAGGAACGGGCCCAGGUGGCAUUCAAGAAAAUGGUUCAGGGAGUUCUCCAGUUUGCUGUAUGUGACACAGCUGCAGCCAGCCAGCUGAUGAAGGAUGGUGUUACCCAGGUCAUUGUGAACGAGGAGGGUGCUGUCCACAUGGUGACCGGAGAAGGCUCCCAGUUCAUCAUGCAGGAUGCCGAGACCCACGGCCUGCGGGUACCAGCUGAACAUGUGGACCUGGUAGAGUCCGAAGGGGAGAUCUCACAGAUCAUUGUAACAGAAGAGCUGGUACAAGCCAUGGUCCGUGAAUCCAACAGCAACUUCCCGGAGGGUGCCACCCACUACAUCGUGACAGAGUUGCCUCCAGGUGUACAGGAGGACACAGGUGUUUACUCCCACACUGUGAUAGAGACAGCCAGCUCUCCAGAGAUCCUGCAGGCCGGGGCUGCACUCGGCGCUGAGGCUGCGGGCACAAGCAGCACAGAACAGCUGACCAGCAUGGUCAUCUACACGCAGGACGGCUCCCCAGCAGCCACAGUGAUCCAGAGCCAAAGAGAAAACCCUGAGCUCCAAGAAGCAUGAGGCAGGUCUCCAUGCCAGGCACAGGGCAGUGUGCAGCAGCUAACACGCUUUGCUCGCAAUGUUUACUUGAGAGGUGUGCUGCACAGGCCCUUCAGGCAGGGGUAACAUCGGCCACUGAAAAGGCACCAGAGAGCAGCAGAGAGCCAAGCCUACACCUAGGUUGCCCAGUGGCCUCAGGAGAGUGGGUGGGCAGGAUGAACCCUGUGCCCUCUGCUCGUGGCCCUUGCCCUUCAAGCACCACUGUGCUAAGAAGCAGUUGUCCCUGGUUUUUCUCCCAUACAAGUUCCCUGUUUAGUCGUCAAAAGAUAAAAGAUGGCGUCCCCAAUGGGAAAUAGGAAAUGUCUCUAGCCUCAGCUGUUCAUGCAACUCUGUCAUCUCCUUCCACAUUCAAUUACAAAUCGGAGCCACAAAGACUACAUCUUGAAGCAGUGAGCACAUUGUUUUUUAUUGCUAUGAAGUUUGAGAUAAUGGUGUUCCCAGACCAAAGGAAGCCUGUUAGUUCAUUUUAUGUAUAAAUAUCCUCUCUGCAAAUAUUUUAAGUGUUUCCUUUGCCAUGGCCAUGCUUCCCAAGAGAAAUCCUUCAUCUGUGGUUUGAGAAAAGUCUUAAAAUUUCUAUUGAGUUAAGAUCCACCUUGGUUAAGACCAUUGACUCUCAUCCUGAAUUCAUUUCAUACCAUAAUGUCUGUACAUGAGAUGUCCACUGUGGAAAAUACCACUCAUUGCUUUUUAUAGCAAAUAUUUGUUUGUAUUGGUAUCUUUUUUUCCAGGAUUGAUUUGUGACUUCCUGAGACUGGGAAGCUGACAUUGGACAUUACAGUAGAGGGCCACCCCUUGCCCUGCUGUCCCAGCACUGCCUGCUCCAUGGUGGAUUCACUGCAAGUGCAGAUGUAUGUAGAUUUAUGUUCUGGUCAUUUUUCUUGAUUCCACUGAUCUUUUUUUUCCAAAAUUGUAAAAUACCCCUUUCCUCCAAGGCAAAAUUGUUUUUGUUGUUUUCUUUGAAAUAAAAUUAUAGCGUUAAACCAGG